AUCCAACACCAACACCAACACCAACUACGAUGGAAAAACAGUCAAAUCGGAAAAGAACUCAUUCCGGUCCUGCCAACGAUCAAACCCAUCAAGCAAGAAAGAAGGCCAAGAUGAAACAUGCUCGAACUAUCCAUACCCAAAACUUUACCCCGCAGCAUUCCAAGUUGCCAAAAUUUUUGGACGUCGAGAAAUUCAUCAGUUCCAGAGCCUUCGAAAUUGGAGCCAUGGAAAGGUCUAUGAAGCUAUCUCGGGAUGCCUCGGGCAAAAGGUCUUUUCAAACUUUACCAAGACACCUAAGGAGACGAGCAGCCAGUCAUUUUGUCAGAAGAGUACCAACAAAAUUAAGACCAAAAGCCCGUUUUGAAAUGAAAAAUGACAAACCGAAGGUCUUAUCCAAAGCCGUCAAACGCAAAUUAAGCCUGAAAAAACAUAAAAACUAUGAUAGAACCAAGACCUUACUGAAGCGACAAGUUGAAAAGAAGUGGCUAAAGACUCACAUAUGGCACGCGAAACGAACCAAAAUGAUAGAUCUUUGGGGUUUUAGAUUGGCCAAGACGCCAACUGAGAAAUGUUUUCGACCCACCUAUCGGGCUGCUAGACACGGAUUUACACUGCACGAUUUAUCUUAUUACACUCAUUUAAACUUGACCGCCGAAGAAGACUUAAUCAAACAAACAUUGAAAAUGAUUUGUGAUCCAACCGGGGUCGAUCCUUGCUCACUAAGGUUUAUCCCAGGUCAUCGGGCUGCCGAAGUCAAUUUGUAUUCGCAUCAAGGCUGGCCAUAUUCUCUUGUCGGCCCGGCGACCUUACUAUGGCGUCCAAUAUCUGACGCGACAUCGACAUUUAAGGGGCCGCUUCUGAACCCUUCACUUGAUGUAGCCAACACCCAGUCAUCUAACCCCAGUCCCUCUUCCGGGUCUUCAACGCAACGUACUGUCCUACUUCAGAUCCAUCCAUCCAUCAAAGCUUCAGUGACCGAGGCCAUCGGACUGGCCUCUCAAGGAAAAGUACUAGUCGAAGAACUGGUUGAAUUGGGCUGUCUCGAGCUCGGCGGACCAAGAUGCUUAGAGAUGAUGGGACGAGUGUUGACUGGUAAUCAAGAACCCGAAAAACGCGAGGUUGAAACUUGGCUGGACGCAGGAUUUAAGCCUCACGUGAUUCCAAUGGGAAUGAUCGUUGGACUUACGGUUGAUGAUCCCAGGCUAAAAUUUCCGCCCAAGAAGAAGAAGAAAUCCGAGGAUUUAUGUCCGCUUCAGGCGAAAGUAAUUCAACCUGUGAUCCGUCUUGCCAAGUGUGACAGAUUUUGGGAUAAAUCACAAAUGCAGAAAAAAGUGAAUUUCAAAAAAUCGGAUCUUGACCGAAGAAGAGCGAUGUUGGAUGUUCCAGGGAGUGAGCUACCUAGAAUAGAGGAAGAUGAUCAGAUCUCGAUUUUACUAGUCCGAGUCGGAGGUGGUUGGAGGAUGAUUCUUCCGAACAAUUGGACGAAAGCAUUCUUUCAUUCGUUCAUAUUUUCGUCUGCCCGAUUAGUUUGUCUCGAUCAACGAGCACAGAUCGAUUUCGAGGCCGGUCGCCCAAGUUUCCCGAGAGAUUAUCCGACCUUACUUCCGGCCACUGAGCUUGCCGAUCAACAUGGCUCAGAAGAGGCUCGAUAUUGGGCCAGUAAACCGCCAGCCAAGAGGGUGAAUUUCAAAUUGGUGCAAUCCAGAGGUGGCGAGGGCGGUGAUCCCUUCGUCCCAGAUUGGAAUGUUGUGAUCGGCCAGAAAGGAAUCCAAAGAAACGGGCGAGCUGAGGUUAUGAAAGAAGCGCUUCAAAGUGAGACUACUCUGGAUGAACCGCUUCAGCCUUGGCUCUUGAUUGGUCCACUAGUCGGUGUGAUUGUUGAGAACGUGCAAAAACUGGCGGAUUCGACGCGGGGGACACAGUCGUUGGACGCCAUCUGCGGGGUGGCGUUUCAAUUGAUAGACCGGAUUAUCAGGAAGUUGACGGCCGAUUUGGAGUGGAAUCAGAUCGAAGACAAUUACAAGUCACAUCAAUUGGACACAGGACUCGUAAGAGUGAAGUUGUUUCCCAGUGGUAAAGAUGGCAAAGGGGGAGUACUACAACCACUUGCAAGGUUAUAUUGGAAUCGGAACAAAGAUGAAAAUCCACCCAAGGAUAGUAAAGGAAACAAGCAAACAGAGUUCAUUGGAUUGAUUACCACGGGUAGUUUCCGUCUAACAAAUGGUUCUUCGAUCGGGUUCGGUGCGAUCUCUUUAAGAAAGCUGAUCCCAAUGAUUAUCUCUCAGCAAUGGAUGAAUGCCGCUGGCGCGACGGCGAUCCGACAAGACUCAGAUGGCCAAGGCGUGACUGAGAAUAAGCAGACCCAGAAAAGAUCAAGGAGCAUUCAGAUCUCGUAUCGCAAUAAAAAUCGUUCCGAACUCGAGCCCGCUCGCGUUGAACUUGUCGAUUGAUUCCGUUGUUCUUUUUUGUUUGAAAAUCAUAUAUCGUAUUCUCUUCUACCGCCUCUUUCCCCAUUUGUUUGUUUUUUUCUUUCUUUCUUCAUGAAUCCAUUCAUACAAUGACUUGCCCAAGCACAUGUGUCUCACUAAAGUCCAGUAUUAUUCUAUACGGCUAACUUGACAGCCUUGCGCACGUUUGUCGCGACCAAACGAAGUUGCUAUUCCCGAUACCGCUCAUUCGAUUCAAGCAUGUAACUACAAGUUACUGUCCAUUAAUAAGAUUAUUUUUCAUGCCCUUCCGAAUGAUGUCAUCAGCUGUUCUCUACAUUGGCAUGAUUGUGAUCUUAUCGUAGGUUGAUUCAUUACAUUCAAAAGAUUCACAAAGACUAAGA